AUGCCGGAAAGUCUCCGAUGGAACAGACGGCACCAGAAGAUAUGCCAGACGCCACCAAAUACCACCGGGCUGUCAUCCGACUUCAUCGGGCAACUUUCUGAACAAAAAGUCGGCAUCACCGAUACACCAGCUCUUCCUCUUGUGCAGGGGGGACUGCGACCCGCUCUGUUUAUCAUGCCAGCGGGCGUGCAGGACAGCGACGAUGUUAUUGGGCGUUGGAAAGUCAAGCCUUUUAAGUCCCGAUUUAAGGGUAUGGAUGCAUCCUUUAGGGCAGCUCAGCGGAUCGAGAAGAAUAACUAG